AUGCCGAGAAAUAAUAACAACACUGGAGAGAGAGGAGAGUCAUUGAAGUCUGCAACAAAGGAAGGUCUAGUAACACUCCAAUACCCGACGUUAUCGAGAACCAACUACUCGGCAUGGGCUAUGAAGAUGAAGGUCUAUUUGCGUGCUCAAGGGGUGUGGGACGCAAUCGAAUCAACUGAGUCUCUGGAUAGUCUUGAUGAAAGGAAGGAUCAAAUGGCCUUAGCAGCUAUCUAUCAAGCAAUCCGUGAGGAGAUGUUGGAGGCAAAGAUCCAAACUCUGAAGAUUGAGUUUGAAAUUAUGAGUAUGAAGGAGUCCGAGACUAUUGAUGAUUAUGCAGCAAGGUUGACAGAAGUUGUUAAUAAAAUACGUACUUUUGGAGACAAGUUUGAAGAGGCAUACUUGGUGAAAAACUUUCUCCGCUCAGUACCUCCUAAGUUUCUUCAUAUCGCAUUGGCAAUAGAGCAAUUUGUCGAUUUAAAGGUGAUGACCAUGGAGGAAGUCAUCGGCCGUCUUAAAGCAUACGAGGAACGGAUCGGUGGAAACAAAGAGAAUGCUGAGCAUGUCUUAUUGACUCAAGGAGAAUGGAAAGAGAAAAAACGUAGUGACAAUGGAGGCCAUAGCCGAUGGCGAGGUCGUAGUGGUCGCUGGAGAGGGAGAGGUCAUGGACGUGAAAAGGACUCGUUUCAUCAAGAGAAGAAGGCUGACAAGAGCAAGGUAAGGUGCUACAAUUGUCAAGUNAGAGAAAAAACGUAG